GGCGGGGUUUUUCACCCCCGUCCUGGCGUCCUGGCUUUCUCCGCGAUGGGUCCAUUCGCCUGCUACUCUGGGCUGUUAUUUAUCUAUCGGGCAGGUAUGCACAUACAUACAUCGACGACGAGGUCCUCGGGUGAUGGAGCACCCCGGCAAACGCCUUUCUCUUCCCCAACUUCAUUUUCUGGGGUCCUUCGUGUCUAGGGAAUGCACGGUCUGGGCUGUCAACAUGCUCGUUGCAACCGUCAUCAUCCUCCCCUUUCUUUUCUUUUUGGGAGCUCUUCCUCCCCGGUUUUUGCAUCCCUCGCCAGGAUUGGAUAGGCAUCGGUCCAUGUGGACGGACCUCCCCGUCGAGCAAGAGUCACAUGGCAUGAGGCGUUUACAGGCAGGCAGGCAGGCAGGCAGGGAGGUACAGCACAUCACAGCACAGGGAGCGAGUGAGCGAGUGACACGCACGUACAUGUGCGCUGGCACCACCACCACCACCACCACUUCCACUUCCCCUUCAACUUACAAUGAUAAACCCUCCUGCCUCUCCCUCACCGUCUCCGAGAACUCGACGCGGAAAACGCGCGACGGGAAGGCGGAGGAAAAACAAGGGAAGGAAAGCAAAAGUGCGGAGUCAACACGGCGGUUCGAGACAUGAGGAGCACACCAAUUGAUAACGAGAAGUCCAACGGGACGACUGAUCCUCAUAAUUCUGCUUAUCAUCGUUCGACGCGGUCGUGAUAUAGUAGCGAGAGGGUGGAACAAUGAUGAUGAGCGCCGACGACGGAAUCGACCGAGCUUUCCAACUCAUCAUCAUCCUCGUCGUUGCCGGGAAGACGCGACGGCAAACGGGCCAAGACGCGAAGAUUUCACGCUAGAGCGGAAGUGCGUGCAUGGCGCGACGGAUGGAUGGUGGUGGGGUCGGAUUGGUCGAGGACGACUCGCGACGCACAUGCGGGAAGUGGGAUGAUAUAUGAUAUGAUGCUUGCAGUACUUUCUCUACAUCUGCGCUUGGCGUACAUGCCGUUUCUGGGACGACAGGGUUUUUGA